CCUCACGACACUUUGCGCCUUUGCUUGCUGCUGCUUCACUGCUUCCUCUGGACACUGACGACCCGCGGAACACCCAGUGGCUCUAAUAACCCCACCCAUAUUCUACAUGCGCUUCUCGAGCUAGAAGCAGCCUCACGUCGCGCAUCCUACUUUCACCAACUCUGAACGAACUGCACGAAUCAUGGCUCCUACCACCCGGAAUACCGUCGAUCGUAUGGACAAGCCGAGCUCAUACGCCGCCAGCAAGAACAAGCGGCGCAAGUACAAUCGAGACGGCGACGAUGGAGACCGGUACCAGCGGGAGCGAACACCAGAAUUCGAGGAUAAGCUGAGGGAUGCUACCACGCUCUAUGUUGGAAACUUGUCCUUCUACACUACCGAAGAGCAGGUCCAUGAGCUCUUCUCAAAGUGCGGCGAAAUCAAGCGUCUGGUCAUGGGCCUUGAUCGAUUCAAGAAAACACCAUGCGGAUUCUGCUUCGUGGAAUACUACAGUCAUGAGGAUGCGUUGGACUGCAUGAAAUACAUCGGUGGCACCAAGUUGGAUGAGCGGGUCAUCCGUACAGACUUGGAUGAGGGCUUUUCGGAAGGUCGACAAUAUGGGCGUGGCAAGUCUGGCGGUCAGGUUCGCGAUGAAUACCGCGAUGAAUAUGAUCCUGGGCGAGGUGGGUAUGGGAGGGCGCUGGCUGAGGAUCUGGAGGAGUAGGGAGGUUGGGCGUGGCUGUGUGUACAUCAGACUUUUCCAGGAAGUCUUUGGACCAUACUCAGAUCCUAUCCGAUUCAAGCCAUCUGCAUUCAAAAAGGUAGUGGUAGGAUACCCUCUGUAUAACACAGGUAGGAAGUACGGCGUUUUUGGGAAAACUUCUAUAUUUUGGUUCCUCAAGGGCCUCGAAUGCAUCCUAUAAAGCCUUCUAAGGUCUCCGACCCGGUAAUGCUUGCUAUGCAAAGUCUGAAGCUGUCUACCAGAAUCG